UUGGACCCCUGCGCUCUGCUCCAUCGAUCUGCAGAGGUGCACCGAGGACCUUCUACCGGGACGUUGGCCACCAUUUUUGCGCUUCUUUUUGGAGGGAAUGCCAGAAGUGGAUUCACUGCUUGGAACAUGCUACUGGGCAAUUUGGUAGUGGUUGUGUUCUGCCUGUGGGGAACUGAUGUCAGCAGAGCUUACGUGUUUCAAGCCUCCCGACCAGGAGAGGGAGGAGACAGUCCACCGCAACCCACGAAAGGAAUCUCAGAGUGGGUCAGCUCAGCGGGCUCCUGUAAGGGGAGGUGCUUCGAGCUGGAGGUGGUUGAUCCUCCAGGAUGCAGAUGUGAUAAUCUGUGUAAAACCUACUACAGCUGCUGCUCUGACUUCGACGAGCAAUGCCUGAAAACAGAGGGAGGCUUUGAGUGCACACAGGAUCGUUGUGGGGAGGAGAGGAACGACGACCAUGCCUGCCACUGCUCCGAGGACUGUCUGGAGAAAGGAGACUGUUGUUCUAACUACAAGUCACUCUGCAAAGGUGAAACUUCAUGGUUGCAAGGAGACUGUGAGGAGAUCAAGAGUGCUGAAUGUCCAGCAGGCUUCAUCCGUCCCCCUCUCAUUAUGCUCUCUGUUGACGGGUUCAGGGCCUCCUACCUGAAGAAAGGCAAAUCUGUCAUCCCCAACAUACACAAACUCAGAACAUGUGGUACGUCAGCACCAUAUAUGCGACCCGUCUACCCGACAAAGACUUUUCCAAACUUAUACACCCUCGCUACAGGACUGUACCCAGAGUCUCAUGGGAUUGUGGGAAACACGAUGCAUGACCCGGUGUUUAAUGCCACCUUCAGCCUGCGAACCAGAGAGAAGCUGAACCAUCGCUGGUGGGGAGGACAGCCGAUCUGGAUCACAGCAGAGAAACAAGGAGUGAAAGCCGCCACUUUCUUCUGGCCUUGGGUGAUUCCUCUUGAAAGGAGGAUUUUGACCAUUCUGCAUUGGCUACAUCAGGCUGAUCAUGAGGGGCCGUAUGUUUACGCCGUCCACUCAGAGCAGCCCGACACCUACGGACAUCGGAUGGGACCACUCAGCAGCGAGCUGGACAACCCUCUGAGGGAGGUCGACAACAUCAUCGGUCAACUCAUGAAUGGACUGAAACAGAUGAACCUUCACCGGUGCAUCAACGUCAUCAUCGUAGGAGAUCAUGGUAUGGAGGAGGCUCGCUGUGACAAAACAGAGUUUCUCAGCAGUUACCCACUCAACAUAGAGGAAAUUACGCUGAUCCCCGGAUCGCUGGGCAGAAUACGACCUCGAGACCCCAAAUCCACCACAUAUGACCCCAAAGUUGUGGUUGCAAACCUCACUUGUAAAAUGCCAACUCAGCACUUCAAGCCGUACCUGAAGCAGCAUUUACCCAAGAGGCUUCACUACGCCAACAACCGCAGGAUCGAGGACGUCCACCUGCUGAUGGAGAGGAAGUGGCACAUUGCCAGGAAAAUGCCAGAAAAACAGAGGACUCACUGUGGUUUCUUUGGUGAUCACGGCUUUGACAACAAGAUAACCAGCAUGAGGACGAUCUUUCUGGGCCAUGGACCGAGCUUCAAAUUUCAAAAAAGAGUGCCAGAGUUUGAUAACAUAGAGUUAUACAAUGUCAUGUGUGACUUGUUGGGGUUGAAGCCGGCUCCAAACAACGGGACUCACGGCAGCCUGAAUGACAUGUUGAAAGAGCCGCCAUUCCAGCCCAGCAUGCCGGAGGAAGUCACACCACCGUCACCAGCGUCCGACUCCGAUGUCACCGUGACACAAGAUCUGGGCUGCAGCUGUGAUGCUGAGAACAAAGUGGAGAUCAUUGAAGCUUUUAACCCUGCGCCAGACGGAGCCUAUAAUUACAAUAGCACCCAUCUGCCGUUUGGUCGACCAGCGGUGAUGUUCAACACUCAGUACAGCCUACUUCAUCAUGUGGAGUUCAUCAGUGGAUACAGCAAAGACCUGGCUAUGCCUCUGUGGACGGCAUACACACUGCCACGACAGGAAGACCUAACUCCUGUUCCAGAGGUUUCUCCGUCUGUUCCGUGUAUCCGAGUCGACUCCAGAGUGUCAACUGAUCACAGUCAGAGCUGCACCACCUACAGCCAGAACAACCAUCUCACCUAUGGCUUCCUCUUUCCUCCAGAGUUGGCAACAUCUCCAGAGUCCCGAUACGACGCUUCGCUCAUCACCAACACCAUCCCGAUGUACUCCGCCUUCAAGAGAUUGUGGAGUUACCUCCAGGGGACACUGCUGAGGCGUUUUGCAGACGAGAGCAAUGGCAUCAAUGUUCUCUCUGGACCUGUGUUCGACUUCAACUAUGACGGCCUGCGAGACACCACAGAGAAGAUAAAAGAGUUCUCGGCCGACGGACCGCCUGUCCCCACCCACUUCUACACCAUCGUGACAAGCUGCCAGGAGGUGAACCAAACAGUGGAGGAGUGUGACGGAGCGCUCAGGGUGUUUUCCUAUCUGCUUCCCCACCGACCAGACAACAGCGAGGCCUGCAAUAGUGCUGAGGAUGAGUCGCAGUGGGUGGAAGACCUGUUGAAGCUCCACACGGCCCGAGUCCGAGACAUAGAGAUCCUGGCAGGCUUGGACCUCUACAGAUCCACAAACCUCACCUACACCAGCACCCUGAGCCUCAAAACCUACCUGCAAACCUUUGAAAGUGACGACUAGAUGCACAGAGACAGACCCUCACACAUAUACAGGAUGUAGCCUUUGGUAGAAGUCCUGCAUUUUCACCACAUGCUCGCUGCACAGACGGUGCAUCGCUGCUGUUCCACUCCUGAGAAACUGCCCAAGAAGUGCUCAGAAAAAGUGGAACACACCUCUGAAAAUUGAAAAGAAUAAAAGAAAUGUUUUUUUUAAAAGAUUAUGACAGGAAUACUCAAUACUACACAUAAAAUCUGUGUACGGAUAAGCCAGCAUAAGAUGCAGGGUGGGUGACUAACAGCUGCCACUACACAUCCCAUAAAUACAGUAUAUACAUGCUCCAUCACACAAAAAAGACCACACCAGUGUCUUAGUUUAUUAUCAAUAAAUGUCCUAUAAAUCAUAUUUGUACUGACUGUCCACUGCAAAUUUUAAAUGUGUGUUGUUCACUUAUUAAAACUGAUUAAUAGUCCUUGGAUAAAGGAAUAUGGUCAUUGUGAGCUAUUGGGGAGAUUGGGAGAAAAAACAACUUAGAAAAUUACUUUAAAAAUGUGGAAGAGUUUAAUUUUUAGUGUUUUUCUGUCAAGCAAUAGUUUAAAAAAACUGAGAAAUCUGCCUAAAUUCUACUGCCUGUGUGUUUAUGUGAAAUAAAAAGUUGGAUCGAGCAACCGUUAAGACUGGAAACGGGAAAGCAGCAGAGCCAUACUGACUGUUUUCCUCAGUUUUCUGUCUUUUUGUUAUGUUAAGCUAAACAUUUCUUUCCUUUAGCUUUAACAUUCUCACCAAAAUCAGAAAAUGUUAAACUAUUUUGCUAUAUAAUGAAGGGACAGUCAUAUAAGACGCAGUCAUGUGGCCACCAGAGGGAAUCCAGAGGCCUGUCAUCUGAAUGAAUGUAGCAUUCAAAACGUAAGCACAGGGCCACUUUUUUCAGUGCAUCCUCAAAAAAAGAAAUUAUUGCUCAGCCUGAAAUUGGACUACGUUGUCAUCCACUUGCUUCUUAUAUCUAUUUCCCCAUAGUUUUGUCGAAACUUAUCAUCUAGGUGUAUGUUUAUUGCACAGUAUCAUGACAAUAACAGCACCUAGUAUUGAUUCAGUGUAACUGCUCUGUCCCCAUUUGCCACAUGAAGACAGAAAUAGAUCAGCAAUGUAAUGCUUUCCCCCAAAGGCAACAAGACUAACGCUCUUGUGAAGAAAAAUUAUUUGGUUUUAAAACUGGGCCUUGUUUUAUUUUUUGUUGCCAUGGUAACUGUUUAUUUGACACAUCAACACUGACACAUUAUCUCAUCACCACACAACAUUUUGGAGGAAAAUCAUUAGUUAAUUUACCUGAAUUGCAAGCCUGUGUGCAUGCCCAAGCAGGAUGAACUUCAUAGGAAACUGAGCAUAGUUCCUUUGAAAUGGAAAUUGCAUCCUGCAAUGAUGCAUUUAUUCUAACUUAAGAAGAGCCGUGUUUUGGAAAACUGCCUCCUUCUGGAAGUUAUAAGGGCAGAGAUCCUGUUUCUCAAGCCAGGUUGGUCGAGUUUCCCUUUAAUCCAGUUUCAGCCAAGCAAUGCGAGUCUAAUUUUCUUGCACUAUCAUCUCACCUUCCUACACUCACACUUUUAAUUCAGAAAAAGAAGUCAGAACCUGUAUUUUUUUGUGUUUGGUAGUUAUUUUUAGAAUUCACUGACAAGUUAACAUAGCUAGCUGUCAUGGUAAUCAGUAGAACAGAAAAUAAUCAGUAAAAAGCCAAUUAAACGACAUAAGAAAUUUCCAACUUGUAGAAGACGAUGUUUAUUCCUGUAGUCUUUCAAAUAAAAGAGAAUUGGAACCUUUCAACAAGUUGAACUGAGUUUUUUACCAUUUCAUUUUCCUCUGCAACCAAAAAUUCAGCAGCGAUAAGAAGAUGUAGUCAUGCAACAUCUGCAAAGUACUAACAGAACUCCCGGUAGAUCUUCCAGCUAAAUUCAAUGGAAACACAAUGUAAACAGCAUGAUGACAGCAGAUUUCCACAGUACAUAGUAUUAUUUCGCAAAAAGACUAUCCAUGUAACACUGCUGUGCCUUCAUCAGUAUUGAAACAAAUGUUGAAAUGUACGCUAUGCACAUUUAAAGGAUUUGACAUAAAAGGUGUGCUUCAGUAUCCUUCUGCACUUGAAAACUAGGUAGGUACCAUACUAACACGUAUAUUAAGAGUGGGGUUGUAGACCAGAAAUCACAAUUCAGAAAUGAGUCUGUCACCUGUUUGCACCAUGUAGAGGACCACAUCUUCUACACAAUGACUUUGUUGUUGCUGCCUUGUUGAUUGUCAUCAAACUUUUGAGGACUCAAUAAAGUUGAGUGACAUUU